UUGAACCAUCGGCUGAAGGAAACAUUUACAUCUUCUAUGCUCCGUUUUUUAAUAGUAAAAAAGCGUCGAACGAAAAACUUUCCACUGGAAUCGACGCAGCGAGGAGAACUAGUUCCACGGUAUCAUGGAUCAGGACUAUGAGUGCAGGCUGCUCCGGCAGAUCAACAUCCAGAAUGAGAAUGCAAGCCCUGUAAAAGCUGUAGGUGCUGCACGAGCUCUAACACCCACCAGCUCCCCCCUGUCCUCCCCUAGCAAGCAUGGUGAUCGCUUCAUUCCCUCCCGGGCCGGAGCCAACUGGAGUGUCAACUUCCACCGCAUCAAUGAAAUUGAAAAGUCGCAUAAUCAAAAUAGGAAAACCAAAGAUGGCACGACAGACAGCAACAAAGCGGAUGGGCUGGCAUACUCGGCUCUGCUGAAGAACGAGCUGCUAGGAGCUGGUAUCGAGAAAGUCCAGGACCCGCAGUCAGAAGAUCGCCGCCUGCAGCCGUCCACUCCUGCCAAAAGGAGCCUUUUUAGUUAUUCUGUCAGUACAAAGAGAGCUCUGCCAGAAGAGGAUGGAAAUACAGUAUCUCCAUAUUCUCUAUCACCUGUCAGUAGCAACAGCCAGAAACUGCUACGGUCGCCAAGGAAACCAACGCGCAAAAUAUCAAAAAUUCCUUUCAAAGUUCUGGAUGCUCCAGAGCUUCAGGAUGACUUCUACCUCAACCUUGUGGACUGGUCCUCUCUGAAUGUGCUCAGUGUCGGACUGGGAACAUGUGUCUACCUGUGGAGUGCCUGCACCAGCCAGGUGACACGUCUAUGUGAUCUUUCUGUAGAAGGAGAUUCAGUAACAUCGGUGGGCUGGUCUGAGAGGGGUAACCUGGUGGCAGUGGGGACUCAUAAAGGCUACGUACAGAUCUGGGAUGCAGCAGCAGGGAAGAAGCUGUCUGUACUCGAGGGACACACAGCCAGAGUGGGUGCGUUAGCGUGGAAUGCCGACCAGCUGUCGUCUGGGAGCCGUGAUCGGGUGAUCCUGCAGCGGGACAUCAGAGCCCCGCCUCUCCAGUCUGAACGCCGCCUCCAAGGACACAGACAGGAAGUGUGCGGGCUCAAGUGGAGCACGGACCACCAGCUGCUUGCCUCCGGUGGCAAUGAUAACAAGCUGCUCGUGUGGAAUCACUCGAGCGUCCUCCCGGUGCAGCAGUACACAGAGCACUUGGCUGCAGUAAAGGCCAUCGCCUGGUCUCCCCACCAGCACGGCUUACUGGCCUCCGGUGGCGGCACCGCCGACCGCUGCAUCCGCUUCUGGAACACAUUGACAGGCCAGCCGCUGCAGUGCACCGACACCGGCUCUCAGGUCUGCAACCUGGCCUGGUCCAAGCACACAAACGAACUGGUCAGCACUCAUGGUUAUUCCCAGAACCAGAUCUUGGUGUGGAAGUACCCCUCGCUAACUCAAGUGGCCAAACUCACAGGGCAUUCCUACAGAGUUCUCUACCUGGCCAUGUCCCCUGACGGAGAGGCCAUUGUGACGGGGGCUGGAGAUGAAACUCUGCGGUUCUGGAACGUCUUCAGCAAGAUGAGAUCCACUAAGGAAUCGGUGUCGGUGCUGAACCUCUUCACAAGGAUCCGGUAGUGAGCACGCCCCUGUUCUACGAGGGGAACGAAGGCGGGAAGGGAAUUCUUUGUUGCAUGUGUCGAGCUGUAAGUUGACGCCCUUCUUUGAGUCUUCACCUCGGUUGUCUAUGGAGGACUUCCCCUCGAUUGCCCUUAGUGUCUAUUGAGCCGAGCUGUUCUCCUGGGAGGUUGGAGGAUCAGGAGUGUGGAGGGCAGAGGACAUACAUUCAGUACACACAGUAUUCCACCUCCUCCUGAGUAAUGGUGGAGCCACUGCCUCCUCCAGGCCACCAGAGAGCUCUGAGGAUGAGGAGGAUUUUAGGGGCUUUAUGUCCCUGGUGCGAUUUAUGUUUUGUUUACAGACUGACGUUGUGCGUACCUGCCAAAUAUUAAGUUUGUCUUUGAUUGUCUAUUUAUUUUAUUGAGUUGUUGAGUGUUUUUUUUUACUUAUUUUAACCCAUAUUCUUACUCGUGUGUUUGUUUCAGAGGCUGUUAGAUCCCCAUUAUGUGUAACUGCAGUUUUUGAGCGUGUUUGGCUUGUUCAGGUUUACAUAAACAUCGAAGCUUGUCUUUUUGUAUUUUUACCGACAGGCAAUAAUAUCUCAUGUACACUGAUGACAGAUUUCAUAACACUGUGCCAUUUCAAGGAAUGAUAACAGUUGGACAAAUGGGCCUCAUCUCCUUUUUUUAAACAUGACAUUAAGUUCAUUUUACUUAAAUGAUAUUAAGCCGUUUUGGCAAAUAUUGUUUCUAAAGAGAAGUCGGCACAUCUUAGAAGAAAGUAACACCGUACUGUAAAACAGUCGCUUACAGAAAUAAUUCAUGUUCAAAACUGAAGAUUUUAAUGUGACAUGUAAGUAAGUCUUGUUUCUUAAAUGAAAAUCAGGAAGGAAAGUAAAGAAAAACACUUGAGUUUAUCAGAGGAGUUUGAAAUGGUAACUAAAGUGCACAGUUACAACAUUUCAAAUCAGACCAGGCAGCUGUUUUGCUGUUCUGUGAUGGGUCUGCUAAGAUAUUCAAGCUUGGGGCACUUCAAACCAUUUCUGUGUUGAGCAGUCAUGCUCUUAUUUUUUUCUUAAUCAAACAAAAUCAUCCGUAGCAUUAUUCCCAAUUUGUUUUUUUUGUUCUUCCCCUGUAUGAAUGUUUGAGUCAGCUAGCGUGCCACAUUUAAAUGAAUGCUAUUUAUUUGUGUUGUGAAAGGUUCUUGUACAGAGUUGGGAUGUUUGUUUACUAAUGUUAUCUGAGGGAAGGUGAAGAGCAGGUUCACUGCUAAACUCUGUGGAAAUUUACUUUAAUACCACUUCAACAUCAAGACGAUGCUGCCAACUUGAAUUACAGAAAGAAUGUUAAGAAGAAAAAAUAUUUCUGUACUGAGAGAUAAUCAACAAUUAAA